UUGUUUAUUUUGUUUUUCGUCGUUUUUGGAUUCUGAUUUAAAUCACCUCGCUGCGAAAAUCGGGAAAUUCAAAGAAAGCGCGUCGUCUGUUUAAAUUCUGAGGGUUCGCAAAAUCGCUGGCAUUUAACACUCGCACCAAAAAACCCUAUCAAAUCAAGAGCUGCAAAUCUACGGAUCCUCAAAAUGUGCGACGAGUCCAUUGAAAAUGUGGAGCAUCAAGACCACCAUGUGCACUUCGACACGAACACGGUGAAGGAUGACUUCGAAUCGGACAGCUGUGUGACAUACCAAAGGUCGGGCGACACGAUUGUGGUGAGCCUGGGCUUUCUGCAGAUCAGACAUCGCUAUCUGAUCGAACUGAAGCUGCCGACGUCGCUAUUCGGCGAUGCCAAAACGCUGGCCAGCAAGUUUGAGCCGGUGAUCAGCGCCACGCCGAGCUUGCACUGCAGGAUCACGGAGUUCGAGGGCACCAAGCAUGACGAACACGACUUUUUCGAGAUGAAAAUCGAGUUCUUUGCCUACAAGGAGAAGCUGCUGCGCGAGGUCCUGCACAUCGUGAGCUCAUCGAACGCCAAGGAGCUGCUACAGCUGGUCAUCGCCGCACGGGUGUUGGGCAAGGGCAAGGGAACCCCUAUGCUGCGGACUGGCAUCCAUUGCAUCGGCGUCGAGAGGGAUGACGAUGAGUCGGAGGCCUCGGAUUUCGCUGGCUUCGACAGCAAGCCCUAAGAUGGCAUCCCAAUUCUCGCCUUGCCGCAAUAUGUUUUCUUAGUUAAUUGCAAAUACUUGCAUAGUUCUUAAGUGAAAGAGAAGUGAAUAAUAUGUAACAUUAGUUAUUACCUACAAGUUUUACCUUUAGAUUUCGGUUUCAGUUUUGUUUCGUGUACUUAACAUUUGUAAAAUAACCGAGUCCGUUUGUGUUACACGUGAGUGGGCGAACUGCCAAGUAUACUUGACAUUUUUAUUGAUAUUCAAGACCGUGUUGUGUCCCAAAUUCUUGAUUUCGCCAGUAAGAUUAAAACGUUAAACAGUUUGUCUUCAAAUGGAUUUUGAAAUGUAUUAAAGCAAUCGAAGCUGAGAAAAUUGCAUGCCCUUUUUAGCAAUGGACAGCCUUAAUAGCCUAUGGAUAUCCAGCUAAAGGGGUUUUUAAAAUUUAAAAUUUCGCUGUACAUACAUUAAGACAUUUAUUUAUAUUCCAUAUAAACUGCACCAUAUACAAAAAAUAUUGUUACAAAAAUUCUUUUUGAAAUAUAUCCGCAGAGACCAAACCUUGGACCUUUUGCAAAUGUGUAUAGAAAUGUAACGCAAUCCAGGCAAUUAACUAACCCUAAAAUAUGCAAAACCAGAUGCAAUUUAAUGUGUGACCAAAUCGAAGUGCUCGUAACGUAAAAAUUAUAAACUUUAACGCAGCCUGAUAUUAAAUAUUUUCGACUACAAUUAGCCCAGAUUUAUAUUUAGCGAGGGCGUUUUGAUAAUCUAUUCAUGUUGAUAACAUUUUGCACUGUCGAAUGUAUAAAAGGCACCGUAACCAAUUAACUAGAUUUUGUAAAUUGCAAUCUUUAAAAAUCUGUUCAAGGAUAACCAAUUAAUCAGCAUAUGUAUUGGAUACCAUUAUCAUGCAAAAUACCAUUUAAGUUAAUUAUGGAUUAAGCAACUAAGGAGCUGCAGAAAUAAAAUUCGUUAAAAGACCCAGGAAGACGUAAAA